CUCAUCCUCCAAUGAGCAAUACACACUAUCGGAGACACCACACCUCUUCUUAUCGAGACAAGAAUUACUUUUCCGACUGUCGCAUAUCAAUUCAAUUGAUAAUAUGACCUGGAAGGAUAUCCUUGAGUUGAAAAGCCAAGUGAUCUUCUGCACGUCGACUCCAGAUCAUACAGAAUACGUGCCGUCUCCGCUAUCCAUCGAAACCUUUCAAAAUGCAUCUCAAGACAGUAGCAAAUGCUCUCACAUUGACGAAAACUCACAGUCACCACGCGGAAGAACCUCCAAAAGCCCUCGAAGCCCACAAAAUCGUCACGAUAACAACGAUCGAAGAGUUCGAGCAGAUCCUCGACGACCAUCACCACCGGCGCGUCGUAGUCUUCUGCGUAACAACGAACUACAAAGAUCCAGAUGUGAGUGAGGAGGGAUGGUAUCACCACUACGAGAGGCUGAACGAUGUUCAUUUCGUUCGCGUGGACCUGGACGUUUCGCCACCCCUGGAAGAAAGGUUGCAACCGAAGGUCAAACCCUGUUGGGUCACGUUUCACAAGGGCGAACAGACGGGAUGGAGCUCGGGCGGGAUGAAACGGUUUGUGCAGUUGCAUUCGGAGAGAAAGGGCUCCGUUUAAUUGAUACCGGAUGAAUUCGUCGGAAAGAUGAGGGAGGAUGAGAUGAAAUUUGAACGUUUGGUGCCGCUGGCCGAUGAGGAGAUGAUGGGAAGAUCUUGGUUUGUGUGGGUGCGCCUUUCAAUUCGAUGUAGGACGCUGAGCAAAGAUGGAGAAAUAAUGAAUGGCAAGAGCAUAAGGAGUAAAAUUUGACCCUUAACCAGUUGAUUUUGCGAAUAACUUUCUGUCUCGUUAGGCGG